ACGGAUGUGAUGGAUGGCGAAAAUGGAAACAGUUCUAAAACGGGACCUGCAAUGCCAGAACUUUCGCCUGUAGCUGUUAAAGUUCCCCAGUUUUGGAAAGAAAAUCCUGCAAUAUGGUUUUCACGGGUAGAAUCUCAGUUUAUCACUGCGGGAAUUACUCAAGAUAGCACAAAAUAUCAUACGAUCGUCGCUUCAAUCGAGACGGACAUUUUAUCGCAGGUCAGUGACAUUAUCACUUCACCUCCAGUUAGAAACAUGUAUGAUUCUUUAAAGCAAAGAUUAAUUGAAAUAUUCAGCAUUUCUGAAGAACGUCGUUUAAAAAAACUCUUGCAAGAUAUCGCAUUAGGUGAUAGGCGACCGUCAGCAUUGCUGCGACAAAUGAAAGAUUUGGCUGGUGAUCGUGUUGGCGACGCAUUGCUAAAAUCAUUAUGGCUUCAAAGACUUCCCACCCAAAUGCAAGCUAUUUUAAGUACUUCAUCAGAUCCUCUUAAUAAGUUAGCUACAAUGGAGAAUAAGAUUGCUGAUGUUACUUUUUCAAAUGAAAUAUUCCCUGCUAGUUCAGGAACGAAACAAAAAGUGCCAAACGAUGGCGAAUAUUCAAAUAUUAUCGAAUCGCUGCAAGCUCAAGUGUGUGAAUUAAAUAAAAAACUUGAUAAAGUGUUGCGUUUCCGAGGUCGAAGCUCUGAUAAAAAUAUGAAUAAACACCGUAAUCGCUCCACAAGCAAAAAUAGACUUUGCUGGUACCAUUUUCGUUUUCGUGAAAGAGUUAACAAAUGUAUCCAACCAUGCAGUUUCAAGCAGGAAAACUAG